AUUAAUUUUAAAGAAGCAGCUCAUGAGAGACUUUGACAGUUGAGAGUGGGACCGAGAGAGAACGAUGGUUGAAUUCAGAUGGAUUACAUUUUCUUUAUUUCUGAUGUUGGUGUUUAGUUUUUCAGCAGCAACUGGGAAUUCCUCCUUCGCUGUCAAAGUUGGAGAUGAUUUCACUUUGCCUUGUGAAAAUUUGAUACAUGAUCAGAAUAAGUGUAACACUACUUCCUGGGUCUUUACUGAUUCAAAAACCAAAGUAACGCUGAUUGACUAUGGGCGGAUUCACAAAGAAGCCGAAGUUAAAUCAGACAGACUGAGUGUUACAGCGGACUGUUCUCUGGUUAUAAAGAAGGUCGCAGUUAAGGAUGUUGGUCAGUACAUCUGCAAACAUUUUAAAUCAGGACAACAACAAUUAUCUCCGGUUUAUCUAUCUGUUAUCGUCAUGACAAAAAAAACAAACAAUGAUAAGACGACGUUGUCCUGCUCUGUGUCAUCUGGUAGAUGGUGUGCACACAGAGUGAAGUGGUUGUAUGAGGGUAAACAUGUGGAUGGAAACAACAAAGACGUGAAGACAUCUGGGUCUGAGUGCUCAGUUACUGUGACAUUUCUUGCCUCUUAUCUCAAGCAGAAUUCAAAGUAUCAUGAAUUUUUCAAGUGUGAAGUGAAUGUAACUAACAGUAACAAAUCGCAACUGUUUAUCUUCAGUCGUCAGUCCUCAGGUAAUGCUGCAACAGCAUCUACAACAUCAACAACAACAAUCAAAUCAAUAUCGACAACAGGAAAUAAAUGGACAUCAGUGAAAACGAGCACACCCGAGGGGACAAACAAAACAGCAUCUAACAAUAAUGAAACAAAACAAGUUUGGUGGCCGUUCAUCGUUGCUUUGUCAGCACUUUUAAUAAUCAUUCUGGCUGUCAUCACAUGGAAGAGAACUAAAGGGAACAAAAGACAGAUGGAUGAAAACAUGGCUGAUCCUGAAGAUGGUGUUUCCUACGCCUCCAUCAGCUUCACAAGGACCAAAAGUAAAGCCCGGAUCCGUGGUGGUGAUGAUGAUGAAGCUGAUACGGUGACCUACAGCACUUUGAAAGCUCCCUGAUCUUCUGCUGGAGCAUCCACUGAUCCCAGCAACCUCUACUCUACUGUCAACAACCCAAACGAAUAAGAUGUUACUCAUUAAAUACAGCAUGUUGAUUUAGAACAAUCGAACAAGAUCUGAGGAAUAUUAUUUUGAUUCAGCCUCAUGGAUAUCUUUAGAACUUUAGAGGAGCUGAUACAAAGAAACCAGAUGAGGAUCACCUUUCACACAGCAUCCGCUCUAUGACACAUGUAGCCAAUGAGGGAGUUGAGACUCACUGUAGAGGUGGAAGAGUGAAAAUGGAGGGAGAUAUGUUGGAUAUAUAUUGUAUUCUUAAUACUGUGCAAAAAAGUGUUUGUAAAAAUGAAUUUUUGUUUGUUUUUGUUUUGUUUAAGGUUGUUACCCUCUUCAUCUAACAUUUAAGUGAAUAUUCCUUUAUGUACAGUAUUUUGAUUUUGACAUAUAUUUGAUGGCCCAUGUUCACCAUUUUGUAUACUUGACUGAAUAAAUUAUUAGUCUGACAA